AUGGACACCUCGCAAUCAUCAUCUCCCUCGAAACGUAGCAGCAUUCCAAUACCGAAAAGGAAAACUUCGCUACAUCUGUACAUUGCCGGCACGGGCGGUUCAUCGUCCAAUUCAUCGUCCAACGUCGGUUCGGCUUCGGCUUCGAUAAACGACGAUGAACCUUCGUUCACGCGCAGCAUGCUCGGUUCAUUCGUGCAGGCUGAAUCACCACCCGGCGGUGGAAGCGGUACACCGGUCGAGUACGUGCAGUUAAAGGAAACCCAUAAUCGGUUGAUGGAAAAGUGUGAACAGUUGUUGAAACGAAAUGUCCAGUUGGAAAAGUCGAACGAACAGCUCAACCACAAUGUAAAACAACUUGUGGGCGAUCUGGAAAAUUCGCAACGAGUGCUUACGGACUUUACGGAGAAAAAUCGACGCCUUAGGCGCAAACUGUCCGAAAUCAUUCCAACUCCAGCGCCGGGUGAAGAAAGCGUCACCCUCGACGCAGCCGAGAGUGAUGAUGAGGAACAGUCUCCCUCCACCGCUCAAGUGCUUCCUGGUGCAAGUGGUGUAGCAGGAGCACAGACAGAAUCUAGCGGGAAAGGCACGGAAGUGGACAGUCUGCUGAACGAGAUGGAAAAGCUCAAGUCCUAUCUGAACAACGUCGAGUUACAGCUGUACGAGGCGAACGAGAAAAUCUCCGAAUUGUUGGAAAAUAAACAACAAUAUGAGGAAACGAAUCGUAAGCUGCGGGAGGAAAAUGCUGAGCUGAACAAGGUGGCAAGGCUUAUGUCACGAAACAUGCUAGAAUCAAUCGAUACUAGCAAAAGGCUCGAAAAUACAUUCAUUAAGGUGCAACGUGAGCGUGACCAGCUGGUCCGUCAAAAUCGGGAUUCGGUCGACUCGAAAACGAGCACCAAUGAAGAAAUUCAAAAGAUGCGCUCCGAAAUUGAGCUACAGCGGAAAACAUAUGAAGCACAGUUCAUCGAAUAUAAAAGUCUCAUGAGCGAAGAGCACGAGCGUAAAACGAACGAUCAGAUUGUUGCCCUUGAACUGGAAGUCGAAAGCCUUCGGCACCAGCUGGAUGAAGCACUGGAGCGGGCCGAGCAGGCCGAAGAGGAGGUGCAAUCGUUGCGCCAGCAGCUCCGUGUCAGCCGGGUUCGAGAGUGGCAAAGUUCCAAAGCUGGUGCCGCGAACAUCCUUGGAAUUUCCGAAACUCUGGACAGUGACGUUCCGUUGGUGUCUUUGCUGAACAGUUGCAGUAUGGCCGAACAUUCUCCGGCCGGUUCGUCGUCCUGCGGUCCCACCGUACCACCGGCACCCGCACUUCCACCUCCUCCUCCUCCACCACCACCAGCUCCACCACUGCCAGCUAACAUUUUCGCUAACAGCAAGCACCUAACCUCCCCUGGAACGGCAGGCUGUGACCGGGCGCUUGGCUUAAGCGAGGCGAUAUCGCAGCAGAAAUUAAAUCACGUAGCAAUAACGAAUGUAAAUAGUCCGCACCAGGCAACAGGUCUAGAUUCGGUGAUUGCUGAUAUCAAAAGUGGCAAGGUGACGCUAAGGCGAAGGCGUCCACCCAAUCCACCGAACCAUUCCGCCGACGAUGAGGCAACCGGUACCAGUAGCAGUAUUAGAGACAGUGAGCAGGAGUACAACCGAAUGAUUGCACGUAACCCGGGGCUGAAGGAGAUGUAUGACAUAAUGGCGCGCAUGAAACGGGCCAACCGGAAAUCGAAAAUUAUUUACGAAUCAGAACUGGUUGGACGGGGAGGAGACAGUCCCACCGUCCCACAGCAGGACACAACCGACGGUGGGGAUCGUGUGGUACUAACCCCACGGUCACACACACGUAUGGUUAUGGAUGUAGUCGAUUUAUGA